UAUUUUAAAACUCCUCGAAAGUGUGGGAUCUUUGGCGUCUGCUGCGAAGCCAUUCCGAGGCAACUGAACUUUUUAAUAGACGAGAGCGUUUUGACUGGUAAAGGGGCGAAUAGUACUAUUUCGUAUGUGCACAUUUUUUUUGAAAAGCACGGCCUCGGAGAAAAGAAUGCCCAACAUCACGCGGACAACUGUGGAGCACAGAACAAAAACUCUGCUUUUCUCUGGUAUUAUAUGUGGCGAGUCAUGAGCGGUCUUCAUGUAGAAAAUUUCUGCAAUUUAUAGUGUAUUUAAUACACUAUCACUUCUUAUUAGCCGGCCACACAAAAUUUGAGCCCGAUUGGUGCUUUGGAUUAUUGAAACAAAGAACAAGGCGAACAUUUAUUUCUUCACUCUUUGACAUAGGUACAUGUGUAGAGGAAUCUGCAUCAGUAAAUGUGGCAGAACUC